AUGGCAUUUUCACAUCAUGUGGUGUCAAGUAAGGGAAUCAAGGUAGAUCUAAAGAAGAUUGAAGCAGUUCAGAGUUGGCGCAGACCGCCUUCAGCUACUGAGAUUCGGAGUUUCCUUGGUUUGGACAGGUACUAUCGCCGUUUGGUAGAGGGUUUAUCAUUUAUUGCUGCAUCUAUGACCAGAUUGACCCAGAAGGGUGCUCAUUUCAUAUGGUACGAGGAGUGUGAGGACACAGUGCAGCACGAUGAUGCGAAGGAGGUUUCUAUUAGUGAUGACGGGGUGUUGCAGAUGCAGGGCCGAUUAUGUGUGCCCAAUGUGGAUGGGUUGCAUGAGUUGUUCCUUGAAGAGGCUCACUGUUUGCG